GUGUAACAGUUUGCCCUUUUGGGCACCACACACAUUUGGUUAAUGAGCUCUUUCUUUACUUACUUUCUGAGUUUAUUCAUCUCUGUCUAGUUGAAUAACCCUCAUAUAUUCUAUAUGCCAAGAAGAUAUUUUAAAAAAAAGAGUGUGAUGCUUAAGGUGGGAUCUGGUGGCGAAUUUAGAGAUAAUUCUAGUUAUUUGAUUGGAUAAAAUAGUGGCGACUAACAAGUGUUGUCUUGGCUGUUCUUUUUUUUUUUUUCUCUUCUUUCAUUCUUUUUUUCUUUCGUAUAUCCUUUCAAUGUCUUCUACUGUGAACGCUGGAGAUAGAAAACCAAUCCCAGUUAAGCUUGUUUUAUUAGGUGAAUCAGCAGUUGGCAAAUCUAGUCUAGUUCAUCGCUUUGUAAACAAAGAGUAUGCCGACAACAGAGAGCCGACUAUUGGAGCUGCCUUUUUGACACAAAAAUGCCCAGUUGACGAUCGCACUAUCAAGUUUGAAAUAUGGGAUACAGCAGGACAAGAACGUUUCCACUCUUUAGCACCAAUGUACUAUAGAAAUGCACAGGCAGCUAUUGUUGUUUAUGAUAUUACAAAGACUUCAACGCUAGAAAAAGCAAAAGGUUGGAUUAAAGAACUUCAACGUCAAGCACAUUCUCAAAUUGUGAUUGCGUUGGUUGGAAAUAAGCUUGAUCUAGUCGAAGAAGAGCAACAGGAUGAUUCAGCUAGUCGACAAGUAUCAUAUGAAGAAGCAUCAGCUUAUGCAUCUGAAGCAGGGCUUUUAUUUUUUGAAACUAGUGCAAAAAAGUCAACCAACGUUGACUCUGUGUUUAUAGAAAUAGCCAAACAUAUUCCUCAUGAAUACCUAGCAAACAAUAGAAGUGGUGCAAGAGCUAAUGGUGCAGGAAAUAAUGCAAGCCUUGAUAUCUUGCGUGAUGCUAAUACAAGCAAACAAGGCUCAAGUAAUUGUGCUUGUUAAUAUCAUGAAUAUUAUUAAAAAAGAAAGAGAAAAAAAAAAGGAGAAGACUAUUUAUAUAUUAUACAAUAUAAAUAUGAUAAAAAUAUAUGUUUUCAUGAUAUCAUUUUAAUACAGAACCCUUUUUUUGGGUACUUUGUUAUAAUUGAAAUUUAAGUGUGUUUACGCAUGAAAAAGUAAUAUGAAUGAGGUUAUUUAGACGCAAAUCAAUUACAUUGUAGUGCACUACAUAUUCAAAUAUCAACCAAAUCAAACAGAUACGUUAGUCUUUUCCUUUUUCUGUGAGAACAAUGAUCAAGUAGAGUAAGUAUUUAAAA